ACCUCAGGACCCAGGCACACGCCGACCCCCAGGGAGGUCCCAGCGAGUGACAGGACAGCCGUCCACCCUGUCCCCCUGGGACUCGCUGGACUUUGGAAACAGUCCCGUUCAGCGGGAGGCUGUCGGUUUCCCUGGCAACGAGGCGACACGGGGACCGUGACCGAGAGCCUGCGUGGGCCGGGGCCCCACCAGGCAGAGGAGCCACCUGACCCGGCCCCACAGUUGACCUCCACCUCCUGCCCCCCCAGGACAGUCAGGGUCCCCAGGGCUGAGGUCACCCCUGGCGGGCUGCCCGCGCCCCGUGCAGCUCAGCCACGGGAAUGGCCACGAGUGAGGUCAUCGUUUACAGAAUCUGGGGAGUCGGCCCAGCCACCCCGCUCUGGAGCUUGGUGGGGCGGAAACCUGACAGGUGGCCCUUCUCCAGGGGACUCCUGGCUUUUGUGCCCCUGGGGGAAAUUCCAUGAAUGAAGCCAGCUAUUUACUAACCCCGCUCUUAAAGUGACAGAUGCCCAUUCCCGACCUGGCAGCUCCACUCUGGGCAUGUGCCGUGGAAUAUUACAUAACAAGGGAAAAGGAUGAACCCAAACAGAGAGACCCAAAAACGCCAUCGCUCAUGAACAUGGGCUGAGUGAGGGGCCCCAGGCGGGAGAGGAGAUUGCGGCUGCUUCUGUUCAGGUCACGGUGGGAAACAGGCAACGCAUCCAUGUUAUCUAGAGGUCGGGAGGGUGAUGUUAGGGAGGUGUUCCCUGGGGCCAGGAAGAAUGUUCUGGAACUUCAUCCCUGAGAAGUCUCAUGGAGACACCAUUUAUAAAAAUGUCAUUGAACACCUCAGACUGAUCCUUUUGGUUUUAUGUAACUCAUCAUUUUUAGAAGGGGGGAUUUCUGGGGAUGGAACUCAGGGGCCCUCGGCCACUGAGCCACAUCCCAGCCCUAUUUUGCAUUUUAUUUAGAGACAGGGUCUCACUGUGUUGCUUAACACCUUGCUGUGGCUGAGGCUGGCUUUGAACUCAGGAUCCUCCUGCCUCAGCCUCUGGAGCUGCUGGGAUUAUAGGCGUGCGUUCCUGCUCUCAAGGGUCCCCAGUACCGGGAGCAGGAGCCAGGGACGGGCAGCCCUGGCCGAGGGUGAGCACUGCUCAGCGGGCACAGUGGGGGGGGCUGCUCCCUGCAGGAGGGGGUUGGAUCAGGGUUUUGAAGAAGGAGCAGGAGUUCUCCCGAGCGGCUGAGUAGCUGUAGUAAGGCCCGGUUAUUGAGCACUUAUUAUGCACCUCUUGAUCCCCUGCAUCUCCCUGUAGAACAAGAGGGUGUCUGGACGCGGCCCAGCUGGGAGUCCAUGACCGCGGCCGUGCCAUCUCCGCUAUUGAACUUGAAAAGCUGCCGACUCGGGCAGUGUCCCUUGGCCCCAAUGCUGCCCCAGAACAAGCCUGGGUCUCGGUGACCCUCCUGACCUGCUCAAGGCCACACGCAUCAGGAUUACUCAUCUCUCCUGAUGGGCCACGUGUGGGGGAGUGACCUCGUAGCCUGCCAGCUUUCAGCCUCGUCCAUGUGGCACCCUUCAUUGAGCGCCUACUGUAUGUACUCCGUGGGUGAGGGGCCAGGCCAGAGGCUCCUCCUCCCAACCAAGCAGUCAGGAUGGAACUGAGAGGCACGUUUCCUGAGCACCUAUCAUAUGCCCAGAGUGUCUCACGGGGGACCUCUCCCCCGCCACAGCAUAGUGGUGACCCCGUGGGACAGAGGCUUCGACCUCCAGGGUGGGGCUGGAGGCUUGUCUGGGCACACGCAGGGAGAGGUGUGCAGUGGGUACCCUCAGGCACGGCCCAGCCUUUCUGUGCCCGGGAAGCUGGAAGCAGCCACAGGGGGCGCUGUCGGGGCCAGGAGUCCUGAGCAGGGGGCAGGGCGCUCCUGGGCACCCCAACUCUCCACGACCCACCGGUGACUGGGCCUGACGGACACCAGCCCCCACCCUCACACCUUAGGACUCCAGUUUCCUGCUGCCUCUGUUUUGGGACCAACCAGGAGACUGCAGCACUGGAGAGAAGAUGCACUCCUGUCCCCAAAGGAGACAGCGCUAGGGACAGGGGAGGAGGGGACAGGCGGAUCAGCACCGCUGAGCGGUCCAGGGCAGGUCAGAGGCAGCUCCCUGGAGGAGGGGUUUCUGGAACAGGGUUUUGAAGAGGGCUGACGAGUUCUCCGGGAGGCUGAGUCACGGCAAUAGCAGUUUAUUGAGCACUGACUAGGUCCCUAAUGCUGUCCUUGACACUUCAUCUGGCCACCUCUUCAGAGAAAGGCCGUUUUUUCUGGUGGGGACAGUGAAGCCUGAACUUGCCCUUCCCAGCUUUGACCUUGCUCCUCGGCUUCCUUUGUUUUUCACCCUCUUCAGCCUUUGAUCCCACGGAGAGGGGCGCGGGUGUCCCCCUGGGGGAAGGCCACCUCUUGGCUCCUGCCUGCAAUUUCCCACAGGCCUGGUCUUUGCACAAAAUCAUGUUCCCACAGCCCCGCGGCUGGGAUCCUGUCCCUGCUCGGGGAGGAGCCCGGGCUUGUCCGGGAGACUCCGUCCCCCAGCACCUCCCGGGGGCGCACAGGGGCAGGCGGGGCGGCAGGCGGGGCGGACAAAGUCCGGGACUAUAAAGGCCGCUGUUCAACGUCGCUGUCAAGUCUCGGAGCGCAGCAAGCAGCCGGCCAUGCCCCAGCCCGGAGCCCGAGCCUCAGCGACAGCCCCGACAGCGCGGCCCCGGCGGCCCCGGCGGGGACCCGCGCCUCCGCCCCGACCGCAGAUGCUGCUGCUGCUGCUGCUGCUCCUGGUGAUCUCGUGGCCGCCGUCGGGCGACGCGGUGUCCCCGGCCGAGCAGCGCCGACCCGGCCUCCCGGGGCCAUCGGACACCCACCCCGAGGCCGAGCCCGAUCCCUGGUCCCGGGAGUUGAGGAUGCGCUACGAGGACCUGCGGGCCAGGCUCUGGGGACAGCAGAGCUCGCGCGACGCCGCGCCCGGCCCCGCCCCCGCCCCCGCCGUGCGAAUCCUCAGCCCCGAAGUGCGACUCGGCUCCGACGGCCAUGUGCACCUGCGCCUCUCCCGGGCCUCGCUGACAGAGGGUCUCCCGGAGGCCUACCGCGUGCACCGGGCCCUGCUCCGGCUGUCCCCGACACAGUCGAAGUCGUGGGACGUGACGCGGCCGCUGAAGCAUCAGCUCAGCCUCAGAGGAUCCCGGGCACCUUCGCUACAUUUGCGUCUGUCGCCGCCUGCGGACCUGCCACUGGCACUGUCGCCCUCCGCCGGGCCUCAGCUGGAACUGCACUUGCGGGCACGAGCCGCCAGGGGGCCCCGCAGCGCGCGUGCACGCGACUCGGACGGCUGCCCGCUCGGGCCCGGGCGUUGCUGUCGCCUGCACACAGUCCGAGCGACGCUGGAGGACUUGGGCUGGACUGAUUGGGUGCUGUCGCCGCGCGAGCUGCACGUGAGCGUGUGCGUCGGCGAGUGCCCCAGCCACUACCAGGCGGCCAACACGCAUGCGCAGAUCAAAGCGCGUCUGCACGGCCUGAAGCCGGACGCGGUGCCCGCCCCGUGCUGUGUGCCCUCCAGCUACGACCUCGUCGUCCUCAUGCACAAGACCGACCGCGGCGUCUCGCUCAGGACCUACGACGACCUCCAGGCCAAAGCCUGCCACUGCGCAUGAGCAGCCCCGGCCCCACUUAGUCCGGCGCCUGCGCAAUGGAAGUGGCCUCAGUGGUCCCGCCUGUGGAGGGGGCCCGCAGGUCUUGACCGUCAACCCACUCCCGCUGCCCCCUCCGCCCUCCCGCUGUAUUUAUGACUGUAUUUAUUAUUAACUUAUUGGGGUCUCGGCCUGGGAGACGCCCGGUGGAAGGUGUAUUUAUUUAAAACUCUGGAUAUGUAAUAAAAAUGGAGCUGUCUGAA